GCACAGUGGCAGAGCACGUGCCCUCUCUGGAGUGGUCUAGAGGAAAGGAAUGAUUGUGGGGAAAGCGGCUGCUGCUUGCUGCGACAGAGGAUUUGGUUUACUUAUUCCUGAAAAUACAGGUUUCCUGCUAAGAGGACUGAGACCUGCUUCCCAGUGACAGAGGACUGCAGGAAGCCCCUGGGCAGUGAUGGAUGUCUACCUGAUGAUUCGACGUCACAAGACGACAAUCUUCACUGAGGCCAAAGAGACAACAACUGUGCAUGAGUUGAAAAAGGUGGUGGAGGGAAUACUGAAGAGGCCACCGGAGGAGCAGAGGCUCUACAAAGAUGACCAGCUGCUGGAUGAUGAUGACAGAACUUUGCUAGACUGUGGCUUAAGCAGCCAAAACUGCCGUCCUCAUAUUCCUGCCACAGUGGGCUUAGCUUUAUUCAGACCUGGUAGUGGCUCCUUUGAGCCACUGCGCAUUGACCCCUUCUCAAGCACCUCAGAGCUACCUGAUGUUGUGAAGUCACAAGACUCUGGUAGCAGCUCCAGUGAGCAAGCCUUGCGUUAAAACCAUAAUCUUCUGUUCUGCCUCUUCCAGAUAGGAAGCUGGUGUUGUCUAUGUAUUCUGCUCCUAUCCACACCCUUCCAAAGUUGUCUACCUGAAUAAUAAAGCAUUGCAAUUCAAUUACAUGAUGUCAAUGUGCUGUAGUGCCCAGGCAACCCACAGAACUGUUUCCUGAGAGGCUUUUCUCGGAUGGCAGCAGCUGAUGGCAUGUAUGCCUCCUGAAUUGUAAGUGGUAUGUUCUGCCACUUGUGUUCCUUCCAGCCAAUCCCCAUGGCCUUACCAGUUCUGAGGUUCUGGCUCUGGGGAAAGAAGUGCUGCCCAGACUAACUUGGUAGACAAGCAGAUCUAUCAGUCUUCAUUUUGGCUCCUCAAAAUAGUGCUUCUGAGGAGUUUAGCUGGAAAUCUUGGGAGAAAGGGCUGCAGAAUAAACUUCUAACGAUUUUGCUGCAAGCAAGAGUAAGACCUGAGCAGAGGUGAGCUUAGAAAAUGGAGCUUGUGUCCUUUCAAGUUAAGGGACAUUGCACUAAUACAAUGCGCAAGAAACUUCUAAAUCUGACAUUGAGCUUGGUCACUGGCAAGGACUGCACAAAGGUGUUUUUUUUUUUUUUUCCAACAGAGCUUAAAAAAGGACAGUACAGUCAGAAAUGAAUAUACUAAAACUGCAGCUCUUGAUAAGAGGCCUGCAAGAAGGAAGUCUGUCACCACAUGCUUUAAAGCGUGGGAUCAGUCCCAUCAAACUCUUUAGUCUUUUUUUUUUUCCUCUGGUAACAAUUAGAGAUGCUAAUAUAUCUAUUCCCUGAAUAAAACUUUGUAGUGUUAUUAUUGAGCUUUCUUUCUCCUCUACCAAGGAUAAUUUAAGUAGGCCAGUCUAUCAGAGUCCAAAAACUUAAAGCUACUCAGUCCUGUCCAUGACAGCUCCUUGGAGUUUUUUCCCCUUAUUAAUAGAUUAAGAAUACUUCUAAAAAGAUGCUUGCAUUCUUGAACCUCACUAGAACAAAUGAAAAAGCUCCAGUCUGCCAGGAGCAUCAGGAUCUAAGUUUUCAUGCUAUCUGUACAUCUGGUUUGUCCAGCCUUUCCUUCCAAUACAGGAGCACUGCUGCAGAACUAGGAUGCCAUCUAGUGACUUGCUGUUUUUUAGCAGAGAACAAAAAUAAAGUUCCAGAUCUGUCACCUUUGUACAUAAACAGCUGUACUAAUGUAGCUGGGCUGUAGCUAGCACAAUCUACUCUGCGAAGUUGUUGAUACUUCCCACAACACUUGCUGGAAAAGUUAGGUACCCUCUGAAGUCCUUGGCUCCCAGUGAGCAGCACCAAGCAAAGUGGCACUGGCUUGAUGCUCUUGAUUUGUGAUACAAUUUUGGUUGUUCUAAGUUUUUAACCCCUUUCUACUGAAGAGGGUUGGAAGAGUCCCUCACUUCCAAUUAAUACUCAGAAGGGAGUGAGGGAAGAUGUUAAUGAGAAAUAUUGACUGAUAGAAAGAGACUAUAUUGUAAAAACAUAGGCCUGAUGCAAGCAAUGUAGCCAAACUAGAUAAUGGAAUUCUAGGUGUUAUGCUCACAAAUGUUCCUUUCAGAACGCAAUCUUACAGAACUGAUCUCUUCUUUAACUUUUUAUCAUUUUCUGUUAAUAUUAGGGAAUAAUACUAAUACUGCUUUGAAUUAACUUGUUCAAUAGCCUGCCUUACACAGCUGAAUACUAGAAAAGGGAAGAAACAACUGAGAUGGAACGGGAAAAAAAGAAGCCUUUAAGAGGUCAAAUA